AAACCACAGACAGACGGCCGGACUCUCUCUCUCUCUCUCUCUCUCUGAGUGCUGAGAGUGCGUGUGAAUGAGCUGCGGAGCGAUUGUGUUUUUUUUAACUUUCAUCUCUGUUUUUAUUGGUAAACGGCGUUUAGUUUUAUAUAGUUUAAGUCACUGUGAAUUCCUUUUUUAUUCAAUUUGGUGGUUAGUUGGGGUGGUGUUUGGGUGUUUGCUGUCUCCGGCGUCUUGCCGGUCGGCGUGUGUGCACAGCCACUAUGGUAAAUGGAGACGACCUCUCCACUUUAACCAGGAAGCACGGCAUUAAAAUGGGUCAGGGCUUCCAGUGUAGCGUGGAGGACGUUUGUUUGGCUGUGGGAGAAAGGUUCAGAUAUGACCGAAUUAAGUCGGCCGCUCGGAUGAACGGCGCCGUGGUAAUCUUCCUGGACCAGCUGGAGAAAGUGAACCGAGGCGUCGAGACAGGCAUCACCGUCAAUGACAUGUUUGUUCAGGUGCUGCCGCUGGCACAACCUGCUACUAGGGUAGUCCUGUCAAACGUCCCCCCUUUCAUUACGGAUGAGUUUCUCAGCAGAGAAUUGUCUAGACACGGGAAGAUUGCUUCCCCGGUUAAAAAAAGCAUGUCUUGCAAAUCGAAUUUGCUGAAACACGUGGUGUCUCACCGUAGACAGCUGUAUAUGAUACUGAACAAUCGGAACGAGGAACUGAACCUCCGUUUCAUUGUAAAGGUAGAUGAUUAGGAAUACGUGAUUUUUGCGACCUCGGCGGGAAUGAAAUGUUUUGGUUGUGGAGAGGAGGGGCACACGGUGAAAGCCUGCCCGAGACAAGGUGAUCCGAAUCCGGCUGGUCCAGGGGGGGGCGUUGGUGCCGGGGCGAGCCCACCCGCCCCCUCUCCCGGUGCACUUGGGCGGCGGGGGUCCGCUGCCUGGCAAUCGGCUCUCCCGGCCGGGGAACCCCCCACUGCGGUACCUAUUGUCGUCUCCGAGCGGCCGGCGGCCGCUCCGCGUGCUGCGCCGCGUGGUGCUGCUGCGGUAGAGGACGCUACGCACCGGAUGGACCCCCCCCCAGUGGCCCUGCUGAAGCGGGCGGGGGCCGUCCCCCUGGGGAGCCCCAACACCAGCGAGCUCUGCAUGUGGUCCGAGUCCCACCACCACCUGGACGGCAUCCCCCGGGACCCCCACCACCUGGAGAGGGUCCCGGGGGGCAGCUCAGAUCAGAUCAACAGUCUCUCUGGAACCCAAGUCAGGACUCCAACCCGACCUAAAGGAACUUGGUCCUUUCUCUGGGACUCCAAUCCAGAUUCUAGGGCCACGUUUAUAGGACAUCGUUGAGUCCACUGCCACCAGCCCCCCACCUCUCCCUCAUGC